AUGUUACCGUUUUUUGUUCUCGUAUUUUUACCUUUGUGUAAUCUGUCGUUUGGCCAAGAUUUUACCCCCAUAGAAGACAUACAAGUACUAAGCGAAUUACCUAUAGAAAAAUUAUUAUCCAUUAAAAGAGAAUUUUCCACAGAAAGUCAAAUAAACGAAAAAAAUUCAACAGAAGAUCCGGUAGAAGGAAGGGAAUUACCGAAGGCGUUGCCAUUAGAGGGUAAAUUAAAAUUGAAUGAUCGAGGUGGUUACGGAGAAGGUCAUGGAGGAGGUCACUACUAUUACCAAGAAAAUAACGUGAAAAAUACGAAAAGCAGUAAAAUUCAAAGUAUAUUCCAAAUAUCGAUAACGUCUUUAGCUUUUCUAGCUUUCGGGGGAUACCUGUUGUGUCUUCUUAUUCACGCUAUAAACUCAAAACAAAAUUACAACGCAAAUAAUAACACUCAAAUUAAUUCGAACAAUAAAAAUAUUAGAAGACAACCAAGACCUAAGAGAGAUGUAAUUGGUUCUAUUGGAGGCUACAUAGUUUAUGACGAUAUGUAUUUUUCAUUAUUAAAUUUAUCUGAGGCUUAUACUAAGUACCAUACUAUGGAUUUUCUUGGUUAUAAUAAAACCAGAGAUAAUAAAUACUAA